CACGCGUGCGCCUACUGCGGCAUCCGAGAUCCCGCGUGCGUCGUCAAGUGCGUCGCGACGGACAAGUGGUUCUGCAACUCGCGGCACUCCACCCUACCCGCGUCGUGCAUCGUGUACCACCUGGUGCGAUCCAGGAAUAAGGAGGUGCAGCUUCACGCGGACUCGCCCCUAGGCGACAUGGUGCUCGAGUGCUACCUCACGGGCCAGAGGAACGUCUUCACCCUCGGCUUCGUCCCGUGCGUCGACGACGAGGUGGUGGUCCUCCUGGCGCGCGAUCCGUCCAUGGGGGUGGCGGGGGGCGCCGCCGCGAAGCAGCUCGCGGACAUGAACCUGGACCUCGCCCAGUGGCAGCCGCUCAUCUCGGACAAGCAGUUCCUCCCGUGGCUCGUGAAAUCGCCAGACGAGAAGACCCAAGUUCGCGCCAGGGCGCUGACCUACGCGCAGGCCAACAGGCUCGAGGAGCUGUGGAAGACCAACCCGAACGCGGGGCUGGACGACGCGGACGUCCUGGACGACGACGAGGAGCUCCAGCCGGUGGCGCUUCGAUACGCCGACGCUUACCAGUACCAGAACGUCUUCGGACCGCUGCUCAAGAUUGAAGCGGACCACGACAGAGCGCAGAAGGAGUCGCAGAGCAAGGACGGGCUGCGAGUGCGAUGGGACGUGGGGUUGAACAAGAGGCGGCUGGCGUACUUUUCGUUCCCGGCGGACGAGGAGAUCGCGAGGCUGGUCGUCGGCGACGCGCUCAGGUUGCGCCACGCGGCGUAUCCCGCGGGUAAGGACCAAUCGGGCGGCGCCACGUGGAGCGCCGAGGGCGUCGUCCUCAAGUUCACGGACAGGGAGGAGGUGGUGCUCGAGCUGCGGUCGGGCUCCGGGGACGCGCCCGUCGAGGAGACGAACGGGUUCUCCGUGGACUUUCUGUGGAACAGCAUAUCGUUCGACAGGGCUCAGGCGGCGAUGAAGGCUUUCGCGCUCGACGAGACGUCGGUGUCGGGGUACAUUUACCACCUCCUGUUGGGCCACGACGUCGAGCCCAAGCCACUGGCGGUGACGUUACCGAAGAAGCUGUCCGCGCCCAACUUACCGCCGCUCAACCACUCGCAGGAGAGCGCGGCGCGCGCGGUGCUGCAGCGACCGCUCAGCCUCAUCCAGGGCCCGCCGGGAACCGGAAAAACGGUGACAUCCGCGACGAUCGUGUACCAGCUCGCGCAGCAGCACCUCGGGCAGGUGAUCGUGUGCGCCCCCUCCAACGUCGCCGUGGACCAGCUCGCGGAGAAGAUCGAGCGCACGGGGCUGCGCGUCGUGCGACUCGCGGCGAGGUCCCGAGAGCACGUGGCGUCGCCCGUGGAGCACCUCACCCUCCACUACCAAGUCGCGCACCUGGACUCGCCCGAGACUGCGGAGUUCAAGAAGCUGCAACAGCUCAAGGACGAGCUCGGCGAGCUGAGCAGCAACGACGAACGGAGACACAAGAGGCUGAAGCGCAAGAUCGAACGGGAGAUUAUCGCCGCGGCGGACGUCGUGUGCGUAACCGCCGUCGGCGCCGGCGACCCGAGGCUGGCGGACUUUCGCUUCCGCCAGGUGCUCAUGGACGAGAGCACGCAGGCGACGGAACCCGAGUGCCUCAUCCCGCUCAUCAUGGGCGCGAAGCAGGUGGUGAUGGUGGGCGAUCACUGCCAGCUCGGACCGGUGGUGACGUCGAAGAAGGCGGCGCGAGCUGGCCUCGGUCAGAGCAUGUUCGAGCGACUCAUCUCCCUCGGGGUGCAGCCCAUACGACUGCAGGUUCAGUACCGCAUGCACCCGUGCCUGUCCGAGUUUCCCAGCAACGCGUUCUACGAGGGGGCGCUGCAGAACGGCGUCGCGGCGGCGGACAGGCUGCUCACGCACGUGGAUUUCCCCUGGCCCAACCCGACGUCCCCGAUGAUGUUCUGGUCCAUGACGGGCGCCGAGGAGAUAUCCGCGUCGGGAACUUCGUACCUCAACCGCGCCGAAGCUGCCGGGGUGGAGAAGGUGGUGACGCACUUACUCCGCGCGGGCGUGGACCCCGGACGCAUCGGCGUGGUCACGCCGUACGAGGGCCAACGAGCGUACGUGUCGCAGCACAUGACCCGAGCCGGAGUGUUGGCCACGAGGCUGUACGGCGAGGUGGAGGUGGCAUCAGUGGACGCGUUCCAGGGCCGCGAGAAGGACUUCAUCAUCCUCUCCUGCGUGCGCAGCAACGAGAAGACGGGCAUCGGCUUUUUGAACGACCCGCGCCGGCUCAACGUCGCCAUGACGCGCGCCAGGAGCGGCCUCGUGAUUCUAGGAAACCCCAAGGUGCUAUCCCGCCAAAGACUCUUCCACGACCUGCUGAACCACUUCAGGGACGAGGGGUGCCUCGUGGAGGGUGCCCUGGACUCUUUGCGCCAGUCCGCGGUGGCGCUGUCCCGUCCCAAG